AUGACUGCUGAGACCUUUCUCGCAAUGCUUAUCGGACUUGUGGGCAUUAUUGCAAACAUUGGAAUUCUUAGUAUUACCAAGCUCAUCGGACGUGUGCCGAGGAAAAAACUGUCUUCGGGCGGUUACAGCACGGAUGAAACAGCCUCUGAAGUGCGCAAUGCCCGUAUAAGUCUGGAUAUGCGUCGACCCUCGGAGACCAAAUUUCCCAGCUUCUUUUCCAGCGGCCUGGAAGUCAAGCAUUUAAACCUCCUUAGUCCCUGCAGUAAAGCAUCACUCUUUAGACUCUCAUCUCUUCUCUCCAUUAAUAAACUCGGUCAGGAAGAACAAAUGUCAAAGGAUAAGAAAGUGAAUUCCGGUCGUCGCAUAUCCUGCAGGUGGAGAAGUCGACGUCAUCAAAAAUACCUACAGGGGCUCAUCAUUGUUGCAUUCUGCAAUAUUUUUCUCUCCGUCACUCUCUUACUGAAGGCAGCUGGGAUGUGUUGGAGUUAUAAUCAGGAAGUGGUCGACAGCAGACUAGAGGAGUAUCCUCCAUGGCAACGAUUCUGCAUUUCCCUGGGUCUCAUGCUCUUUCUGGACAUUUUUCAAGCCGCCGAGAUUGGGGCCAUUAUGUGGAUUGCUAUUAAUCGCGCCGGAGCCAUCCACAACACGUCGCGCCGAAAUAAUUCGCGUUAUUCCCAAAGCACCCAGUCGUACGUUGACAGACCUCCAAAUAACUGCUGCACUGCAGGACUAAAGGGACUCCUCUGUGGCCUGGAACCUCGCCGGCGGGAGCAGACCGGCCAAGUUAAUAUGAUUAUGAGCACUCGUCACGGGCACAGUCGGACUGACGGUAAUGCCGCCUGUUGUCCACUAACGCGGAAGGCUGGCCGAACAUUUCGUUGCAUAGUGUGCCUCUUGCCGGCUGGUGUCAUUAUUUCAUCGGCAUUUUUGAGCCUUGCGGACUGGACCGCAAUCACUGCGCCUGUAAGUGCGGCAUUAUUGUACUACGCAAACGCAUCGGUUUGGUCUCCGCUGGCAUACUACACCCCCAAUGUCAGUGUUGGGAUACUUUUCGGGCAUUUUCUCCUCCCGGUGGUGUUUUUGGUUACAACGAACAUCCUCAUCUAUAGAAAAGUAAGUUCAAAUUUUGAUUCGGCUUUAAGCACAAAAUAUAAAAGUGAUCUAUCUCAAGGUAUUACCAUAGAUUCUUGUAAAUUAGCGCAACCGAACUGGGUCAAGCAUGUCCAAGGCUCUCUUUUCAAUCACUUAGCUCAGCACUGGUUUAACUAAUUAGCUUUUAUUUACGGAAAUACCUUUUAAAUCAGUAUAUUGCUUUUAAAAUCAUUUAUCUAAACUAACACCACGCUACCUACCGCCGUUUAUAUCACGUACGAACAUAAUUUGACCAUGCAACAACACGCAUUACCAACAUAUUAAGCCAUAUUCGGGACUACCUACAAAAACACUGUUUUGCAUGACAUUAUAUGUUGUCUCAGACGCAAUAUACUGGUACACGCAAAUAACCAAUUAAGAGUAAUUUUCAACGAGUAAUUUAAUCGUAAAAAUGCGACGCAUUACUGACGCAAUCAUUUGUUUAUGUAUCCGCAAGUAAGCAUUUAAAUGAUAUGCGGAACCACAUUAAGGCCCGUGUUUUGCGGCCUUUUUGCACGUCAAUGUUUAUAUGUAGGCAGCAAAGUGCAAUAAUUUCAAUUUAAAUCGGUUGUUAGUCGCAACCUUUUUUAAGAAAAAUAUUAAUGCCUGAUGACUUUCAAACUACCGUCCUUCAGUUAUAGAAAAUGGGAUAAAUGCUACAAUUUCAUUUGUCUUUACAACACACUUCCUUCAGGACUGUCAGUUCACUUUCAUUUCAAUGUCCAAGAUGACCGCAAAUUUGGCGAUUCAAUCAUGACUAUUUUUGGGUAACGUCUAAUUAAUCAGCAGAAUGAAAAAACGGAAUGCAUUGAAAGGUAGCGAUUGUCGUUGUUGCAAUCCACAAGAAAUCCGUGUUGUCCGCGCAAACACCAUUCCCACCAAUGGACACCAAGCCCCAAGCGUCAAAUUCCUGAAAUUAUGAUAUGGUAUUGCAGGUCGAAGGGGAAAAUUCCUCACCGUUUGAAGUGUUCCAACACGCACGUGCAGCUUUUUUGGUACACAGGUGUCCAUUAUUAUUUCUAGUCAGACAUUGGCGGUUAUUAGAUACAUGUUUCGAAGGGUGUGCAUUUCAUAUCUAACUCAAUUAUUUUUACUAAAUACAUGCUGGUUUUCGUAAUUCGUACAGAAGACAAAGAAGCGAUCACUAGAACAAGAGCAGAUAGCAUUUGCGUCUUCUUAACUGCUACCUGGAGCUCGACUGUUCGUUUCUACCAGUAAUUAGUACGGUCAGCUGCACUUUUGGAGAAUAACAAAGUAAGCUAGGUAAACUCAGUCUGCGAAUGUCCCAGCACAUUUUAAAGCAGCCUCCAAAACGUCCUAAAUCUUCCUCACGCUGGGCGGUACUAACUUAAGACAUCUCGGCUCAGUUUCGCUUUCAUUUUUCUUGCGAUACAUUUUAAGUCAAAGUCUAACGCAGUUGGUUUAAUCGCGUCUUAAUGGUGGCCGGAUUUGCCGCGCAGGCACCAUUUAUUCCGCUUAAUAGAAGACCGCAACGUCCGAAUAAACCGGUUUUGUUUAAAAUCCAUUAACUUAGGCGGUUCAAACUUUGUUGCAUACUUUCUUCUUCCCCUAGGGUACCGUGGUUCGUUUAAAUUUACUGUCUGGGAAGAGUUAAUUACCGUGGUGUAAAAAAAACAUUGUUUGACCUAGCAAGAAGUUCCAAAUUAGUCCCAAGCUACCGUCAAGGACGACAUCAGAGGUUGGACUUCCGACUUCGACUGUUUACCAGAUGUGCACGCAUAACGCAGAUCAAUCUUUUGAACAAAAGCACAAAAGCGGCAUCGCAGCCUAUUGCUUCUCAAAAGUACCAGGUCCAGUUAGCCUUGAUUUUCGGAGAAGACUGUCGCCUUUUAUGUUGGCCAAUAACGUUCCACCUACCAGAAGGAGAAAGUGAACUCAGGGGACGAGAUCACAGUUUUGUUUUCUUUUCAAAACGAUGCACAAAUGUUCUACUUACUAAAACCACUGGUCGAUCGCGAACAAUAGACAAGCAAAUGUGCAAACGGACGAAGCGAUUUUAAACCCGACGUAAUGUCUAUCUACGGUCGGUUGCUUUGUUAGUGCAGGCAUGCAAAAAUGCGUCGUACAUAUUAAAGGAAACCAAAAAAAUAAGAAGUCUAUAAUAAGCAUCCCCGUUUUCAAAACGAAGAUGUCAACACUUUGCGUAAUUUUAAGAAUGAAAGAUUCAGAAUUUCCAAGCGCUUCGGGUUCUGAAGCGGAAGCAGUAAAUAUCAAAUGCGUUUUAUUUCGAUUGCAAAUACGUCCAAAUUGCUUGUUACCAAUUUAACUACACAUAACUCAGUAGGUGACAGACUCAGUGUGUUUCUUCCUUACCGGUUUGUUACCAUUUCAGGUAUCCCUCCGACAGAAACGUUUCUGCUCUAGGCGGUCUAGUCACAACGGCAGGACGAACUGCCUCUAUGAUGAUGACGAAAGUUGCAGCGCCAUUUUAUAUCCCAGUCCAUUUCACUCACCAAUGCCAAAGCCAUCGGACGUCCCCAGACUCACAAUCACACAAAGCAGCGACACAGACAUAAACACCGCUUCAUCAGAAGCACCGCCAUUGCCGGAUUCACAGGCAAGACAAGCUCAUAGCUGCAGUCCGCCUCGGAAGUUUGCAAGCACUGUACCACCCCUAUUUCUGCAAACCCUGUCUCCGCUGGUGAACGCUCCUCAACUGCACAGUGUCUCAGCAGUUGAUAUUAGUAGUUUGCAGACGGCUGGUUUGGCCCAACCCAAUGGGCGCGAUGUCCUGGCACCCAACUAUUCCCUCCACCUGCCUUCGGCACCGGGCAUUGGUCCCCGGCGAAAAAGUUUCAGCGACGCCAUAUCGGCAACAAAAACGCAGCUGCCAGCGACGACUCCGCUUGCAGAUUCUCCUAACCACACAACGGAUGUCAAAUUCCUUGACCUGCUUCGAAGGCAGCAUAGACGCACGGUCAUAGUGUUGGUUAUCAUACUCUGUGUCUAUCUGGUCUGUCACGGUCCGCGGUUUUUGGCUCUCUGUUUGCACCUCCAGCUGGGAAAACUGCCGCCAACCUCUCUAUCUCGCCUGUUGCAGUGGAGAUCGCCAGAGACGGUCCCCCUGCUUGCCUACGCCACACUUUGGAGUCGUCUCUGCACUCUGAUCGAUCCAAUAGUUUACGGCUUCUGGGGCAACCGCGCCUACCGAGAGUGCUUGCGAAAUCUCUCGCGGAGAAUGAUUUGGCGUCGCUAA